AUGGAGACCGAAGCCCAACACGACAGCCCAGGCCCGCCCAACACGACAUGGAACGACUCGUGGACAACCGAGGAUUUCAUCUUCGACAAAUACAAACAAGACACGGUCGUUAUCGUGAUCUUCGUGCUCGCGUAUCUCUCCAUCUUACUGCUGUGCGUGGUGGGGAACCUGCUGGUCAUAGUGGUGGUGGUUUGGAACAGGAACAUGCGGACAGUAACCAACUUCUUCAUCACCAACCUGGCCGUGGCCGAUCUGCUGGUCGGAGUCUUCUGUUUGCCGUUCAACCUGGCAGACAGCAUCAUGACAAGUUGGCCAUUCGGUGAAGCCAUGUGCAAGGUGUUCCUCACAGUACGCGUUCUGUCAGUGUCUGCAUCCGUCUUCACACUCGUCGCCAUCGCCGUAGACAGAUAUUACGCAGUGGUCCACCCUACCAGCCCACGCUUCACCCAGACAGCGGUGCUGUACAUCCUCGGCACCGUGUGGAUCGUGGCGGCCGCUACAUCUGCUCCCCAGGGCCUCGUCUUAACCAGCGUCACCUACGAAGGCGUUUACACGGCAGACGGACAACUUCUCACCGCCUGUGAGGAGGUCUGGCCCGGUGACUACUACGUAGUGGGAUACACAUUCUGCCUCUUCACUCUUUGCUAUGUCUUCCCUCUACUUACUAUUGUUGCGCUGUACGUAAAGAUAGGAAUGUCGAUUUGGAAUAGAUCCAAACCCGGAGCAAGCCGUGAUAGGGGGAAAAGGAGCGAGCCUUCAGUAUCAUACAACACGCAGUCUGACACGGUGACCAUACACUCGACACAAUCAGCACAGGUCAGCCGUUUGGAGGAACAAAAGAAACUCCAUGUUAUCAGGAUGCUUUUAGUUGUUGUUGUUGUAUUCGCUUUGUCCUGGCUUCCUCUCUAUUCCUUACUCUUUGCCUCCCUUUUUUCCAACUUUACUGACACCACAGCCGAGAUUAUGUACCGCUACGUCACGCCUAUUGUAAAAGGGGUAGCUUUCAUCAACUGUGGACUAAACCCAGUCAUAUAUGGCUAUUAUAAUAAGAACUUGCGAAAAGGCUUUUCUCAGCUUGUUAGAUCCAAAAAAUAAGUCAAAGCAGCAUUCGUCUGUGCCAAGAGGAACAUGUUUCUAAAUGCUUCACACUGUAAAGUAUGAAAGGUCUGAAAUAGUUUUCCCAGGUCCAGCUAAUUUAAGCAAAUAUAUCUCCUCUGUCACAAAAUAAAGUCCCUUUUAUUGCACGGUUUUUACCAUACGAUUCCUAUAGAGUACUAGUAAUACGAAUUAAUACUGCGAAUUACAUUAAACAGCUUUUUUCAUUCAGGUUGGCAAAGUGUGUCAGGCAAUAUCAUUUUGAUUAUAUUACAUGGUUUCUGGCAUAACAUUUUGGAAAUAAAAUCAUAUUUAAUAUCAUCAUUGUCUGUCGACCCCUGGAUGAUGAAGGCGCAAUUCCAUGCACUACUGCAGACCACAUCAGCCGGUCAUGUACACUCUUACUCCUCGGCUGGCCCGGUAUUAGAAAGAAACUUUCGGGAAGGUCAGCUCACCGUGUUUUUCCACGGGGCCUCUAGAAAAUGUGUAAGAAAAUAACCUCCUCACUCGCCCGAAGACAGUAACCUUAGUUACUAAACUGUACCCGUCUCUGUCUGAGUCUUGUAGACAUCCGUGGAAGAGCACCGCAAGUGGUCUUUAUGUGGGUGUUAUUUCCAACUGGUGUUUUGUGCUUUGCGUAAGAUUGAAAUGUACGUUCCAAACGAGUUGGAUAAGGUCCAGGUUUUUGAGCGCUAUACAUGUGAACUGGCUCAAUUACUGUGCAAAAGAUUUGUACUUGAAGGUUUUAUCAAUAGAGGAACUCCAGACCUUAUCUGUUUAUUACAUGCAUACCAG